UCACUAUCUUCUUUUUGACUUGGACUUUCUCUCCCACACCAACUCUCACGCAAUAAUCUUCCCUUCGCUUCUGCAACAAUAAUACAACACUGCAUACAUAUCCUCCCUUCAACAUCGUCUUCCUCCUUCUCGCUCUUCAACUCCUAUCUCACAUCUCUUCCCUAACCUGCGCACCCCACCUCGCCCAUAGGCGUAAUGCGCCACCACCAUCGCUUCCACUGGUUGAAAGCCUUCACCACCUUCUCUUUUCUCUUCUUCUCUUCCGCUUCAGCCGUAACAACUCCCACCCCACAGCUCAGUGGUGGGGCUGUGAAUCACCUUAACCGGGAAGAGAAGCAAAAUGGGUCACCGGCGGUGCCGGUGGAGAGACUUGUGGCUGGGGAGAAGAGAUUCGGCGGGCCGGGGUCGUCGCCGCCGUCGUGCAGAUCCAAGUGCGGUUGGUGCAGUCCUUGCACACCCGUUCACGUUCCAGUUCAACCCGGUUUAAUAAUUCGCCUCGAGUACUACCCAGAAGCAUGGCGUUGCAAGUGUGGGAACAAGCUUUUUAUGCCAUGACGUUAAUAAAUUAGCAUAUAUAGUUAUGGAUUAUAAAAAUCCUAGUACAAAAGAAGAACACAAACGUUGGCAGAAGCGAGCAGAAGAACAUUGCAGACACUAGCAGCAGCCGUCUUAAAUUUUCCCUUUGGGGUAUUUGUUUAUUUUUAUCUCAGUGUUAGUGCCUUUCGUGCACUGAUUAAUGUUGCUGAGGUUGGGUUGUUUAAGAGUACUAUGUUUAUAGUAUUAUUGAUGUUUAUAGUAUUGAUUUUUGGAUUAACCUUUUGAGGGAAGGAGGGAGGGACAGUCAGGAGGGGAGUGUUGGGAAUGUAAGAUGUUCAGGUGGGAUUACCGAGACGAAUAUCUUAAACCUUUCUCUGCUUUUAACACACUACACUCCUACUUCUCUCUAUGUAUUGUUUCCCUUCUCUAUCUGUAUACGUUUUCAUUCCCCUUUUGGUGUAUGUUUCUGGCACCUUGCAAUGCAUCACCACCCUACCACCCUCUAUAUAUUAUUACAAGUCAAUGAAGGUUCUAAGCUGUAAUUAUGAUGAGUAUAGUCUCUCUUCAGAUAACCAUCAUAUGGAUGCAUAGCAUCUAUUUGAAUGAUGCUGGAUAGCUACCGGGGUUAACUUGCUCAACUUUUGUUUGUAUUUGUAGUGGUUGAAGUUUGUGCUACCUUACUGUUUUAAGGCAUUUAGGUUUUUGAGGUUGCAUUCUUAAUUUUUCAUUGUUUGGAUUUUGUA